AUGGCUGUGGGAGAGCUCUUUCUCGCUGUGUUCCUUGCAAUGUUGUUUAACAGAUUGACAUCCCCUGAGUUGCUGCAGUUUGCAAGUCAAGAGGGUGUACGCUCAAAGCUGAAGAAGUGGGAGAAGAAGUUGAAGUUUAUUGAUGCUCUGCUCAUGGAUGCCGAGGAGAAGCAACUGACAGAUAGGGCUGUGAAAAUGUGGCUGGACGAGCUCCAGGACUUGGCUUAUGAUGUGGAGGACAUUCUGGAUGAGUUUGCAACUGAAGCUUUAAGGCGAAAGGUGAUGUCUGAACACCAUGCUAGCAGUAGCAAGGAACGUAGCUUUAUCUCUGCUUGUUUCACUGGUUUGACUACAAGUGCUGUGAAGUUCACUAUCAACAUGAGGUCCAAGAUAGGUGAUAUUACUAGCAGAUUGGAAGAACUCUACAGUCAAAGAACUGAGCUUGGACUGGAAAAGAUUUCUGGGGGGACAUCAACUACUGCAUGGAAUAGACCAUCCAGUACAUCUGUGCAAAUCGAGCCUGCUAUUUUUGGGAGGAAGGAAGACAAAGCCAAGAUACUACAAAUGGUGUUAAGUGGGGGAUCAAGUGAAACCAACUUUUGUGUUAUACCCAUUGUCGGUAUGGGAGGAAUUGGUAAAACAACACUUGCUCGAGAGGUCUACAAUGAUGACAAGCUUAUCGAAGUUUUCAAUCCAAGAGCAUGGACGUGUGUCUCGGAUGAUUUUGAUGUUCUACGUAUCUCCAAGGCGAUUCUUGAGUCAAUGACUUCAUCAUCUUGUAGUCUACAAAACUUAAAUGAAGUGCAGGUUCAGUUGAAAAACAAAGUAACUGGAAAAAAAUUCUUCCUUGUAUUAGAUGAUGUUUGGAGCAGAGAUUAUGGCUUGUGGGAAACUCUUAAGUCUCCCUUCAUGGCUGGGGAACCUGGAAGUAGGAUAAUUGUGACGACACGCAGCGUCGAUGUAGCUUUAACAAUGGGACAGAGUGAAUAUUAUAAGUUGAAACUUCUUUCAAAUGAUGAUUGUUGGGGCAUAUUCGAGAAGCAUGUAUCUGGGAGCGCAGUUGUUGUUUCAGGCCAGAAUUUGAAUUCAAUUCGUGAUAAAGUUGUUGAGAAGUGCAGAGGGUUACCCUUAGUAGCCAGGACUCUUGGGGGUCUUCUGCGAUCUAAGCAGAGAUAUGAUGAGUGGGAAGAUAUAUUGACCAGUAAAUUAUGGGAUUUACCUGAAGAAAAUGACAUUCUCUCUGUUUUGAGACUAAGCUACCAUCAUCUUCCUUCACAUUUAAAAAGGUGUUUUGCUUACUGUGCUAUUUUCCCUAAGGAUUAUGAAUUUAUAGAUGAGGAACUUAUUCUAUUAUGGAUGGCAGAAGGUCUUAUCCAACAAUCUAAAAACAAGCAUCUGGAAGACUUAGGUCGUGAGUAUUUUCGUGAUUUGCUAUCAAGGUCAAUAUUUCAACGGUCAAGUAUCAAUGGUUCAAAAUAUAUAAUGCAUGACCUUGUGAAUGAUUUGGCUUAAUGGAUAUCUAGUGAAACAAGUUUUAGAUUGGAGGAUGAAUGCAGUCUCAUGUCAAUAAAAAGAUUUGAUAGAAUUCGAUAUUCUUCUUAUCCAUUUAGACGUUAUGAAGUAAAAAAGAAUUUUGAAGCUC